GUUGGCUCCGUCGCUAAGCAAGAUGUCUAAGCUGGACGUGGAGGAUUUUAUUCAACAAAACAGAGCUGUGGCCGAGCAGGUAGAAAUGUAUCGAGGUUACUGGGAGAGUAACAAGCACUGGGAUGCCAGAAGGGAGUUUAUCCUGCGAAACAUGAACGACUUUGACAACGAGCAGCUUGACCAUCUGCUCUCUCUGUCCAUGGUCUGGGCCAACCACGUCUUCCUCGGCUGCCGGUACAGCACAGAGCUCCUGGAAAAAGUCAAGGAAAUGGCUGAAGGCAUCGUUGUAGAGGACGCACCAGUCUUCAAGACAAGAGAUGAGAUUAUGAAGAACCAACAGGGUCGAUGACCAGGCCUGUUCCUUUGGAUCAGUGGUGUUGGGACUGAUGAUGUGCUGGCAUCAACUCGAUCACGUUUUUUAUGGUUUUACAAUUUUGUUUUUAUAGAUUUUAUGAAUAUAAACAUACAUAAAAAGGUAAAAGUUGAUACAGUGGUUACUUCAGAUUUUCAGUAUUUGUACAGACUGCAAAACUGUUUACUCAUCUUCCAACAGGAUUUUUACGUUUUUAUAUUUUUAGAGAAUGUUUUUCUACAUAUGUACAUUCACUUGAUGGAUGACACGAUCUUGUUCUAAUGCAUGCCUGAAGUACAAUAAAUUACUUAUAACCAUUGAAA